AUGGUGCUAGAUCAAUCUGGCGGUUAUGUUGCCCCGAGCAAUGCGUCCGAAGCGCCUGAUCCCUCACUCCCUAUCUUCGACGUGCGAGAUGUCCAGCUUAAAUUCGCGGCGAACUUUGUAGCUGCGCAGGUGGCUAACAAUGUCAUGAUAUUGGCGCUUGCUACGGGACGCAUACUGCGGAUCGAUCUGGAUAGUCCGGAGGACAUCGAUGAUAUCGAUCUUCCCAAGAAACCUUCAGAAACCGGAGUCAUUCGCCGACUGUUCCUCGACCCGACCGCUUCACAUCUGAUCAUCACCACCACGGUCGGCGAUAACUAUUACCUACACACCCAGUCCCGGCAACCCAAAUUAUUGUCGCGCUUGAAAGGCUCGAUAGCGAGCGUAGCAUGGAACCCUUCCGCGCCGACUGCAUCCACGCGAGAGAUAUUGGUAGGCGUCACAGAUGGAAACGUGUACGAAGUGUACAUUGAGCCAUCGACCGAAUUCUAUCGUCGCGAAGAGAGACAUGUCACGAACGUCUAUCGGAUACCCGAAAUGCCAAUCACAGGUAUAUUCGCGGACUUGAUACCAGGGAAACCGGAUCAGCGAUAUGUGAUCAUAUCAACGCCUACGAAGUUGCUGCAUUUUCAGGGCCAUGCCGGUCGUAAUGCGAGGGAUAGUGUUUAUGGCGAGCUGUUCCAGCGGAAUACACCCACCGUGCAUGAGAGUCCGAACGCGACAAUAGCGGCGCCUUCGUCGUUGGCGAUCUCGCCGCGACAGACGGAGGAGCAUCAUAUUGAUGGACAGCCAGCAGAUUUACGAUUUGCGUGGCUUUCUUCGCCGGGCGUACUACACGGUCUGUUAAAUCACGCUGCGUCUGAUGGAAACAAGGUCGUUGAAAACUCUUCUAUGAUUCCUCGCGAGGUGUUUCCAGCGACGGAAUCCGCGCGUGGUGGGAAAAAGCUGAUCCAAGAUCCUGUGACUGCUAUAACUCUUUCACAAUGGCACGUCCUUGCCCUGGUGGAAGGACAUGUGGUUGCCGUAAACGUCCUCAGCGGUGAAGUGGUACACGAUCAACCUGUACUCGAACCGGGACAGACGGCUCUAGGUCUCUUCAGCGAUCGCGUGAAGAAUACAUACUGGCUCUUUACACCGACAGAGAUCUACGAGAUUGUGGCCUAUGACGAAGACCGUGAUGUGUGGCGCCAUUUCUUGCAAGAACAGAAAUUCGAUGAAGCUCUUCGAUAUGCACAGAGUGCUUCGCAAAGGGACGCUAUUGCUACCGCUUCAGGUGACUAUCUUGCUAAUAAAGGAAAGUAUUUGGAAGCAUCUGCCGUAUGGGGCAAGAGUAGUAAGAGCUUUGAAGAGGUUUGCUUGACAUUCAUCAACGCGGGUGAACAUGAUGCUUUGCGCAAGUACCUGCUCACCAAACUUACGAGCUAUAAGAAAUCUUCUGUCAUGCAGCGAACGAUGAUUGCAAGCUGGCUUGUAGAAGUGUUUAUGGCCAAAUUCAAUUCUCUUGAUGACACUAUUGCGACUAAGGCCGAGCUCGCAGAAGGAACUAGCACGGGAGAGUCAAAAGCGCAGCUUGAAAACAUUCGAGCCGAAUUUGAAGAAUUUGUGACCAAAUUUCAGUCUGAUUUGGAUCAGAAAACGGUUUACGACAUUAUCAGCAGUCAUGGACGCGAACAAGAGCUGCUGUUUUUUGCAAACGCGACCAACGAUUACAACUACGUUCUAUCAUACUGGAUACAGCGAGAGAAGUGGACAGAGGCUUUGAAUAUGCUUCAGAAGCAAACUGAUGCCGAGGUUUUUUACAAAUAUAGCACUGUACUCAUGGUCCACGCUGCGGUUGGACUCGUGGAUAUUAUGAUCCGCCAGACACAUCUCGAUCCUGAGCGACUGAUMCCCGCCAUGCUUAGCUAUAACAAUACUGUCAAACCAGCAUUGAACCAGAACCAAGCUCUGCGCUACUUGAACUUCAUCAUCGCGAACCAUCCUCAUCCGGCGGCAGCAGUGCACAACACUCUAAUAUCUAUACAUGCUUCCAGCCCCUCUCCCAACGAAGCGGCACUUCUCAGUUAUCUCGAAUCGCAAGCCUCCGACUCACCUCCGUAUGAUGCCGAUUUUGCUCUCAGGCUGUGCAUACAAUACGAACGAGUCCAAUCCUGUAUCUACAUCUACAGUUCCAUGGGCCAAUAUCAACAAGCAGUAGAGCUCGCCCUCAAAUACAACGACAUAGAAUUUGCAGCCAUCGUCGCCGACAGACCCGAAGGCAACGACAAACUACGCAAAAAGCUCUGGCUCCUCGUCGCUGAGAAGAAAAUUCGACAACCGGGCACGGGCAUCAAAGACGCAAUUGAAUUCCUCCGUCGUUGUGAACUUCUUCGCAUCGAGGACAUGAUCCCCUUCUUCCCAGACUUUGUCGUCAUCGACGAUUUUAAAGAUGAGAUUUGCAAAGCCCUGGAAGAAUAUUCCAUUCACAUCGACGAACUUCGUCAAGAGAUGGAUACAUCCGCCCAAACAGCGAGCCAGAUCCGAGCCGAAAUCACGGACCUAGAUAGUCGAUACGCUAUCGUCGAACCGGGCGAAAAAUGCUGGAUUUGUUCGCUGCCGUUGCUGAGUCGACAGUUCUUUGUAUUUCCGUGUCAGCACGCUUUUCACAGCGAUUGCCUGGGUAAAGAGGUUCUGGAGGGCGCUGGUGGGAAGAAACGGUAUAUACGCGAUCUGCAGGCGCAGUUGAAUAAGGGAAAUCUAUCGGCGAGUAGGAGGGAGAAGAUUAUUGUGGAAUUGGAUUCUUUGAUUGCGGAGGCAUGGGAAUGCUACCAGGGCAGCGUUCCCUCAAAGUACGUCAAUGUGCAGAGUGUUAAAGACGUGCAGAAUACUUUUUCAUUUGUUCAAGAGAACAAUCUUCGGUUAGUUAUCAAAAACACCGGCCAUGACUAUAAAGGCCGGAGCUCGGCGCCUGACUCGAUAGCGUUAUGGAUGCACAAUUACCAGCCUGACAUAGUCUUGGAGACAUCUUUCACUCCAGACGGGUGUUCCGCAGCUGUUGGUGAUGUUAUCACCUUUGGAGCAGGUCAAGAGUUCGAAGGAAUCUAUGAAUUCGCACACAGUCAUAAUUAUCGUGUCGUUGGAGGCAGUUCUAGUAGCGUAGGAGCUGCCGGGGGUUGGAUCACCGGCGGCGGUCAUAGUAUGCUUUCAAAUGAGCUAGGUCUUGGAGUUGAUAAUGUCCAACAACUGAGAGCAGUGCUUCCAAAUGGUACUUAUGUCACGGCCAAUCGUUGUCAAAAUCAAGAUGUUUUCUUCGCGCUUCGAGGAGGCGGCGGUGGUAGCUUUGCAGUUAUCAUGGAGAUGAGCACCUUGGCUCACCCUGAGUCUACCACUCAAGUAGCAGAGGUGACCUUUGCGAGCUUGAGUGCCGCCAAUGCGGCAGAGUUCAUCUCCCUACUGGUUGCUAAUGCCGAUACAUGGGCAUCCCAAGGGUGGGGGGGUUAUAUUCAGCCUGGUCUGGUUGGCAGCCAAGUUUCUUCGUUUAUCAUGGCAACCUCGUUGUUGAAUCAUACCGAAGCCGUCAUCUCAAUGCAGCCAAUUCUUACCUUUGUCAGUAGAUUUGGCACCCUCGCAAACGCUAGCGUGACGACGUUCGACACCUACUUCGAUGUUUUGGCUAGUCUCACAUCAACCGGACUCAGCGCAGUCCCCGCUGGGGGGGUGGCCAUAUCAUCAAGAAUCGUGCCCAGAGAGUCGUUUCUCGGCUUAAAAAACCAAACAGAGCUCUCUACGAUUCUCAAUGGCAUCAUUACCACGAAUGAAGUCGAAAACCUGGUCUCUAUUGUACCGCUCUUUAUUUGCGUGACAGCACCUACCCUCUACUCUCAGAAUCUUCCGACGACAGACUUACCUGGUAGCUCUGGGGCCGCAUCAGUCACUCCUUCCUGGCGAAAUGGUUUGUGGCAUGUCAUCCAUCUGCGCGUAUUCGAUGGUACCACUACCGAGCCGGCAAUUGUCAAUGCGAUUUGGCAGGCUGCUCACGAUACUAUGGAUCCUUUACGAGCGUUCACGCCGAAUUCCGGAGCAUACCAAAACGAAGCGGAUCCUUUUGAGACGGACCCAAUAAGCACUUUUUGGGGUGCAGAUAAUUACAACCGUCUGCUGUCGAUCAAGCGGGAGAUUGAUCCAAAUAAUAUCCUCACAGUUCACCAAGGAGUGGGUUGGGAUGACACGGAUGACAGAUACAACUGUUAUCCCGAUGUAAUUGCGUGA